AUGUCCGCAAAUCCAGGGAACUCUAUUAAGGCACUAAGAACGACACCCCCGGAACGUGGGUCCUUCCCAUUAGAUCAUUAUGGUGAUUGCAAGGAGCAAAUGACAAAAUAUAUGAGAUGUUUGAAGAUUGUUGGUAAUGAGAAUGCGCCAAACUGCAGAUUGUUAGCCAAAAGCUAUCUUAAAUGCCGGAUGGAUAAUGAUUUAAUGGACAAGGUGGAUUGGAGAGAUCUGGGAUUGCCCACCGAUGAGGAGGAGGACCGACUCAAAAAAUAG